CAGAACAUACGUAUCUUGUGCUGGUUCAUGACCGACCCACAAAUCCUCAACAAAUCGAUUCGGGUUCGCGAUACUUGGACUCGAAACUGUCACAUUACUCUCUUCAUGAGUUCCGUUUCGGACCCAAAUUUUCCGAGUGUUGGUCUAAACGUGACACCGGGAAGAAAUCACAUCGCCGCAAAAUCCCGAGCUUCUUGGAUUCACAUAUACCGACACUACCGAGACAAAGCCGAUUACUUUAUGAAAGCCGAUCCUGAUUCUUACGUAUCGAUACCAAACUUAAAACUUUUUCUGGCGAGUCGAGAUCCAGGAAAUCCUGAAUUUUACGGACAUGCGCUCUACUAUGGAAGAAUGGGAUGGAUGGGAAAUUUCAGCGGAUUUUAUUCUGCCGGACAGAGCGUUGUCCUAACUCGGGAAUCGUUGGUGAGGUUGGCCGGUGGAGUUGGAGGUGUCAACGAGAAGUUCUUCUUUGACGGUCAAGCCGAGGACUUGAAAACAGCGAUCUGCCUGUCGAACAAAGGAAGUGACAUCAUCGACACACGUGAUCGAUUGGGGCGGGAAACUUUCAUGCCCGCCAUUGGCCUGUCAAGUUUGUUGGCGGGAAACAUACCGCAGUGGUACUCCGGACCUUAUAGGCAGUACCUCGGAUAUUGUAAGGUAUUUAUAAGUGCUGUGAUGACAACAACAACAACAAUAAUAAUAAUAAUAAUAUGA